GUGGUGUGUUCAAUUUUCUGCUUUCUUCCCCAACCCAACCCAACGCGACGCGCACACCUUCGUCCCUAGUUCUCGCGAUCUCUGAAUCUGGACGCCUUGUAAAACCGGCCACUUCUUCCCCAUUAUAAAUCCAACCAUCAAUCCCUCAAUCGAUCGCUCCAACAACCACACUUCCAAAACCUUUCAGCUCGAGAUUCUCUCCCUCUCUCCCUCUGAGGAAUCGUUUGCCUCUCUCUCUUCUCUGUUACUGCCUACCUCCUUCAUCUUUGAUAUCUGCUUCGUCCAUUGCUUUCACGUUACAGUCUGCCUUAUCUCUGAGAGAUAAGGCCAUCGGGUUUAAAGCUUAGGGGUAUACCUUGCAUGAAGACAAACGAGUGAAGAAUCCACAUUACAUAUUAGAGUCUCCAGUUCAUCAUGUCUUCCGCAAGCAAGGGUGAAAGGAAGGCUGCCAUUGAUGCAGCGUCAUGGUUUUUCAAUGUGGUCACGUCUGUAGGAAUAAUCAUGGUGAAUAAAGCCCUGAUGGCUAAAUACGGUUUUACUUUUGCUACUACGUUGACUGGCCUGCAUUUUGCCAUGACAACUCUGUUGACAACCUUUCUUAAGUGGCUGGGAUAUAUCCAGACCUCUAGUCUUCCAUUACCCGAUCUUAUCAAAUUUGUUUUAUUUGCAAAUUUCUCCAUUGUUGGAAUGAAUGUGAGUUUGAUGUGGAACUCUGUUGGAUUCUAUCAGAUCGCUAAGCUGAGUAUGAUUCCAGUAUCUUGUUUUCUGGAAGUUGUCUUGGACAAUGUGCGGUAUUCAAGGGACACAAAGCUUAGCAUUUUAUUGGUUCUCCUUGGUGUUGCUGUCUGUACAGUCACUGAUGUAAGCGUCAAUGCUAAGGGUUUUGUAGCUGCUGUAGUGGCAGUUUGGAGCACCGCACUGCAGCAAUACUAUGUACAUUUUCUUCAGAGGAAGUAUUCUCUUGGAUCGUUUAACUUGUUGGGCCAUACUGCGCCAGCACAGGCAUCAAGUCUGCUGUUAUUAGGUCCCUUUGUGGACUACUGGCUGACAAAUAAACGAGUUGAUGCUUACAACUAUGGUUUGGCAUCCACUUUCUUCAUCACUCUGUCAUGCUGUAUCGCUGUAGGGACAAACCUCAGCCAAUUCAUCUGCAUCGGCCGGUUUACAGCGGUGUCAUUUCAAGUCCUUGGCCACAUGAAAACUAUUCUGGUCCUCAUCUUGGGGUUCCUUCUGUUUGGAAAGGAGGGUCUCAAUCUUCAAGUAGUUCUAGGCAUGAUAGUUGCAAUUCUGGGAAUGAUCUGGUAUGGAAAUGCCUCUUCCAAGCCUGGAGGGAAGGAGCGUCGUAGCUUGUCAAUUCCCACCACCAAAUCACCAGAUUAUAGUGCAGUUCCAGUUUCAUCCGAACCUGAUGAAAAGGUAUAGUCAUCAGCAGUUAGCAACAGGUCGAGAGAAGAAGGGGAUUAAACUCUGGAUCAGCUGAUUCAUUUUUAUUUUCAUUACUCUCAAAAUGGAAUCCCACCAUUAUUAUUUAUUUAUAGAUGCUAAAUCUUAUUUAUUUGUUUUUUUUUUAAAUGUAUCUCUUGAGUUGAGGGAAGGACACGUCUGUAGCGUGCAGCCCCCUGUGAAAGAAUGAAGGAAAAGAUAAAUGAGUAGUCUCCAUUAUGUUCCA